UAGUAAGUACGCAGUAUGCACAGGUUUUUGAGGAUGUACGCAGUAUGCACAUGUCGUUGCACAAGACUACACUUGUCGAAAAUGCGGACCUUGGUGUUACUUUUAUUCUUCUCUAUCUUCGUCAACACAAUCAACGGCUCACAAUUCACAAUCACCGAGGCCACCAUCGAUGACAUCCACCGUGCCUUCAACGGAAACCAACUCAGUUCAAGGCAACUAGUUGACUUGUACUUGGACCAGAUUGCAGCAUUGAAUCCCCAGCUUCGCAGCGUACUGGAAGUGAAUCCAGACGCUCGGAAUCAAGCGGAGGAGGCUGACCGCGAGAGGGAGGAGGCGGCGGCGAAAGAUCAGAACUGUCGAUCGUUGGGAGAGUUGCAUGGGAUUCCCAUACUGUUGAAAGACAGUAUAGGGACUAAGGAUAAGCUGAACACCACGUGUGGGUCCUACGCGCUGCUGGGAUCAACGGUGGCUAGAGAUGCCGGCGUGGUUCAACGGUUGAGAAGAGCCGGGGCUGUGAUAUUGGGGAAGGCUAGUCUUAAUGAAUGGUAUGGGCUUCGGUCGUUGGCGAUUCCAGAUGGUUGGUGUGCUAGAGGUGGACAAGCAGUGAAUCCUUAUCUGAAAUCCGGGGGAACAUGUGGAUCAAGCAGUGGGUCCGCAAUCUCAGUGGCAGCAAACAUGGUAUCAGUGUCACUGGGGACUGAAACCGAUGGCUCCAUCAUCUGUCCAGCUGAUCAAAACUCGGUUGUAGGGAUUAAACCCACUGUUGGUCUCACCAGCCGUUCCGGUGUCAUUCCAAUCUCUCCCCGUCAGGACACAAUUGGGCCCAUAUGCAGAACUGUAACGGAUGCAGUGUAUGUGCUUGAUGCCAUUGUGGGUUUUGAUCCACGAGAUAAUGAAGCAACAAAGGCAGCAUCUGUGUUCAUACCUCCAGGUGGUUAUAGACAAUUUCUGAAUGAAAAUGGCCUCAAGGGGAAGAGAUUGGGUGUUGUAAGGGAACCGUUUUUGGACUCAUAUAAUGGAACCUCUGCAAUUCCAGCCUUUAAGCAUCAUCUGAAUGUGUUAAGGCAAAGAGGUGCAACUAUAGUAGACAACCUGGAAAUAGCAAACAUCGAUGUGAUUUUGGAUCGCACUCAAAGUGGCGAAUUAAUUGCAUUGCUGGCCGAGUUCAAGAUUUCAUUAAAUGACUACCUGAAAGAGCUUAGCAACUCUAGAGUGAAGUCAUUGGCAGACAUAAUUGCAUUCAACUUGAAUAACCCAGUUAUAGAAAAACUGAAAGAAUAUAGUCAGGAUGAGUUCAUUGCAUCGGAGAAUACAAGUGGGAUUGGAGAGCAAGAGAUAGAGGCAAUAGAGAUGAUGGCAAACUUGUCAAAAUAUGGGUUUGAAAAACUGAUGAAGGACAAUAACUUGGAUGCAAUGUUGACAAUAGGCUCAAAUGCUUCCACAGUACUAGCAAUUGGUGGUUACCCAGCAAUAACUGUUCCAGCCGGGUAUGAAAGCAAUGGAAUGCCGUUUGGGAUUAGUUUUGGGGGCUUAAAGGGUUCAGAACCGAAGCUGAUUGAGAUUUCUUAUGCAUUUGAACAAGCCACAAGGGAACGACGGCCUCCCACUUUUCUUGAAUAAUGGUACGAAGUGAACAACUUCCUUGAAUGCUAUAUUUUGAUAAUUGGGUUGUAAAUAAGGCCAUAUUACAAUAAAUAUACCAUGCCAAAAAUAAGUGUGUUUUUAUUGGAAAAAUGUAUUAGCCAUCUUAACUUGGUGAAUUACAUGUUGGUUGUUGAUAUUGUUA